AUGUAUGGGCUCCUGUGCGAAAGUCUUCAUGAUUUCAUCAAAGAAUCGUAUGGGGAUGAUGUGUGGAAGCUCGUCCGGGAACGAGCUGAUGUCAGGCUGCACUCCUUUGUAACUCAUGAGGUUUACAGUGAGAGUGUGAUACCUCGAAUCGCCAUGGCAGCCAGUGGGGUCACUGGGACCCCCUACAGUGACCUGAUGAACUCGUGGGGAGUCUACUUCCUGGGAUUUGUAGGGAAAUAUGGAUAUGACAGGAUCCUGAAGGUUCUGGGCAGGCAUGUGCGUGACUUUGUGAACGGUUUGGACAAUCUUCAUGAGUACCUGCGCUUCAGCUACCCCAAGGUCCAGCCCCCUACCUUCUUCUGUCAGGAGGAGUCAGCCACAGGAGUCACCCUUCAUUACAGGAGCAAACGGAAAGGCUAUCUUCAUUAUGCCAUGGGACAGCUACGACAGAUGGGCAAGCAAUUCUAUGACACGGAUAUCCACGUGGAGGUGCUGUCGGAGCAGUUGGUCGGGGACUACUCCCAUGUCACCAUGAGGUUGAAUUUUGAUAACUCAGCUUACCGCUACAUUCAGAAGGAGGAUACGGACGAGGAGGAGAUGUUAUCUUUCACCAGUGAUUUCUUCUUUGAGGUUUUUCCCUUUAACAUUGUCUUCAGACAGGAUAUGGUUGUUCACAAUGUGGGAUCAGGGUUGGCGACAGUGUUCCCAGACCUUGACGGCAAGAUGAUAACGGAUACUUUCCUGCUGGCACGGCCUCUGGUCGAGUUCACCUGGAACAUGAUCAUCUCCCAUCCAAACAAUCUGUUUGAGAUCAUCUCGAAAGAGCCUGUGAAAAGAGAAAGGAACCUACACAACAGAAGAGGGGAGAUGGUGUGUUCCAAUACACUGGAGAGCUGUGGGGAUGGCAGCCGCUGCCUCAGGCUGAAGGGGCAGAUGCGAUUCAUGUCAGAGUGGGAAUCGAUCAUCUUCCUGGGCACUCCAGUUAUGGAGAGUCUGGGUGCUAUGUUUAAGACAGGAUUGUACAUCAAUGACCUCAGUAUGCACGAUUCGAGCCGAGACCUGGUUCUUGCUGGUACCCAGCAAUCUGAGGAACUGAAGAGAGCUCUCAUCCAGGAACAGAAAAAGUCAAGCAAACUUGAGGAGAGCAUGAAGAUGCUGGACUAUGAGAUGAAGAAGACAGAUGAUCUCCUGUAUCGGAUGAUUCCGAAACCUGUUGCUAAGAGUCUUCGGAAAGGAUUGCCUUCUGUUAACACUUGUGAGGUAUUCCCAGAUGUCACUAUCCUGUUCAGUGAUGUGGUUGGUUUUACUCGGAUUUGCAGUCACAUCACGCCAAUGCAAGUGGUUUCUAUGUUGAACACGAUGUAUACACUGUUUGACACCCUGAGUGAGAAGCACAGAGUCUUCAAGGUUGAGACAAUCGGAGAUGCAUACAUGGUUGUUGCAGGAGUCCCAGAAAAAACUAAAUAUCAUGCCCACAACAUCUGUGACAUGGCUCUUGACAUGGUUCGGUCAAUAGAUCACCUCAAAGAUCCAUCCACUGGGAAUAACAUCCAAAUCCGUGUUGGUAUCCACUCUGGGAUGGUAGUAGCAGGGGUGGUGGGUCACAGGAUGCCACGGUUUGGACUGUAUGGAGACACUGUCCACACUGCAUCAGCCAUGGAGAGUAAUGGCAAGUCCAACACCGGCAUCCCCAUGUCAUAA